AUGGCCUCUCCGGGGUUCUUUGACAUCGCCAAGCCGUCCGAUCGUGACCUGCUGGCGAUGAUUCAACUCUAUGAUGACGAGGCUGAUCGUUAUUUUUUCUUGCGCAAGCUCCGCGAAAAGAGUCCGGGAGUAGCGGAAGUGUUUCUGUACUCGAUGGAAUUGGAAGUGGAGACACUAUUUUCAAAGGUGAGAACUUCCAAGUUGGUUGCUUCCUUUCUCAGUAACCAUGGUAAUGCUAAGGUCGAGGAGUUACUUAGAAGCGGUCGACUUAAUGUGAUUGAGCGCUCCUUAAACGGGGAAAUUUCGAUCGGGGCCAAGUCGCUGGAUGUUAAGAAGUCUUUGGGAGGAGAGAAGGUCGCUCUACUUGGCCAUCAGGUUGCCUUUAAUGUACUAGUGUCCUUGACACUUGCCACUACGUCGACAUUUUCGGCGUUUCUGGAUCAAUGGCGCCGGAGAUUUUCUUUGAUCUUGUAA